AUUCUCUUUCUUCCUCAUUUCUUUCUACAGAACAAGCUUGCCAUCUCCAAUGUUCUCUAGAAAUGACUUCAGUAUCUGGAGUAUCUUAAGAAAAUGCAUUGGAAUGGAAUUGUCCAAGAUCACAAUGCCAGUUAUAUUCAACGAGCCACUGAGCUUCCUUCAGCGACUUACAGAAUACAUGGAGCACACAUACCUCAUCCACAAAGCCAGCUCUCUGUCUAGCACAACUGAGCGAAUGCAGUGUGUUGCUGCAUUUGCUGUGUCUGCUGUAGCCUCGCAGUGGGAACGCACGGGGAAGCCGUUCAACCCAUUGCUUGGAGAGACUUAUGAAUUGAUCAGAGAUGAUCUUGGAUUUAGACUUCUUUCGGAGCAAGUCAGCCAUCAUCCACCAAUCAGUGCUUUCUAUGCUGAAGGUUUGAAUAAUGAUUUUGUGUUUCAUGGAUCCAUUUAUCCUAAACUCAAAUUCUGGGGCAAGAGUGUAGAAGCAGAACCAAAAGGCACAAUGACUUUGGAGCUUCUUGAACACAACGAAGCCUACACAUGGACAAAUCCUACUUGCUGUGUGCAUAACAUUAUCGUGGGCAAACUUUGGAUUGAGCAGUAUGGAAACGUGGAAAUAACUAACCACAAAACUGGUGAGAAAUGUGUGCUGAGUUUCAAGCCCUGUGGCCUGUUCGGGAAGGAGUUGCAUAAAGUUGAAGGCUACAUUCAGGACAAAAGCAAAAAGAAACUUUGUGCGCUGUACGGCAAGUGGACGGAGUGUUUAUACAGCGUUGACCCAGCUACUUUCGAAGCUUACAAAAAAAAUGACAAGAAAAACACAGAAGAAAAGAAAAGCAGUAAACAGGUAGUAGUUCUUUAAGAGGCUGGCACAUCUUAG